AUGGGUAAAGGGGUAUGGAACAGUGUAUCCAUUGUCUUCAUGAUCUCCCUAGCCUUUGUAUACUUCUGCUCCAAAUCCCUGACCCCUUAUUACUGGAUCAGAGAGAGCAUCCAUGGAAGCAACAACCUGGAAAUGCAAGUCCAAACUAUCUGCAAUGGAGGAAAUCGACCAAUCAUGAAGAAAACAAAGUGCAACUGGUUCCAGGGGAAAUGGGUGUGGGAUGAUUCUUAUCCUCUGUAUGACUCCAUGUCUUGUCCCUUUAUCCGAAAGGAGUUUCACUGCAUCAAAUAUGGCCGCACUAAUCUCCAGUAUCUCAAAUAUCGAUGGCAGCCUCAUGGGUGUGAGUUGCCCAGGUUUGAUGGGGAGGAUUUCUUGAGGAGAAUGAAGGGGAAGAAGAUAAUGUAUGUGGGGGAUUCUAUGAGUCUUAAUAAUUUUGAAUCACUUCUUUGCCUGUUACAUGGCACAGUUCCAGGAGUGAAAUACAAAGAAGAGUUUACUCCUCUCAACGUUACAGUCACAUUUCAGGAUUAUGAUGUUGAAGUGAUCUUGUUUCACUCUGAAUUCCUGGUUGACAUCGAGAAGGAAGGAAUAGGUCGAGUGGUGAAGAUGAAGUCUGUGAAGAAUGGAGAGAUAUGGAAACACAUGAACGUCCUCAUAUUCAACAGUUGGUUAUGGUGGUUGAGGAUGCCGCCAAAACAGCCGUGGGAUUUUAUCGAACAGGUGGACGGCAAGGUAGUGAAAGACAUGAACCGUGUACAAGCUUUUCAAAUGGCUCUUCAAACAUGGGCAAAAUGGGUAGACAGAGAAGUGGAUUUCACCAAAACUAAAGUCUUUUUUCAAGGAGAAACUGCUGCCCAUUAUCGUGGAGAUAUAUGGGGGAAGACAGCAAAGGCGAGUUGCGAGAAUGAGUUCAUGCCUUUAAAUGAAACAGUGAUUUCCACGGCGGCGUCACCGGUUACCAACAUAACCAAGAAAAUUUUGAGUGAAAUAAGGAAAGCGGUGUUUCUUCUGGAUUUGGCAACGCUCUCAAGAUUAAGAGUAGAUGGGCAUAUAAUGAAGUAUAAUGGAGUCCAUGGCAGAGACUGCACACAUUGGUGUAUUGGUGGAGUCCCAGAUACUUGGAACUUACUCCUUUAUGCAGCCCUUCUUCAAGAUACUUGA